CCUCCGCCGACCGCGGGCGUGCCUCCUUCCCCUAACGGGGUGUUUGAUCCGUAACUGAUCGCCUCCUUACUCGCCCCGCUGGGGAAGGGGUCUACUACAGCGACCUCGGAAGGGAAGCACUAUGCCCAUCUUACUGUUCCUGAUAGACACGUCUGCCUCUAUGAACCAGCGCAGCCAUCUGGGCACCACCUACCUGGACACGGCCAAAGGCGCGGUAGAGACCUUCAUGAAGCUCCGAGCCCGGGAUCCUGCCAGCAGAGGAGACAGGUAUAUGCUGGUCACUUUCGAAGAGCCUCCCUAUGCUAUCAAGGCCGGAUGGAAAGAAAACCAUGCAACGUUUAUGAAUGAACUGAAAAACCUGCAGGCAGAAGGACUUACGACUCUUGGCCAAUCCCUAAGGACAGCUUUUGAUUUGUUAAAUUUAAAUAGAUUAGUAACUGGCAUAGACAACUAUGGGCAGGGAAGAAACCCCUUUUUCUUGGAACCAGCAAUAAUUAUCACAAUCACCGAUGGGAGCAAGCUGACCACCACCAGUGGGGUGCAGGACGAGCUCCAUUUACCUCUUAAUUCUCCUUUGCCUGGAAGCGAACUGACCAAGGAGCCUUUCCGCUGGGAUCAGAGGCUCUUCGCGCUGGUGUUGCGCUUGCCGGGCACCAUGUCUGUCGAAUCGGAGCAGCUGACAGGCGUGCCCUUGGAUGACUCUGCGAUCACACCCAUGUGUGAAGUGACAGGCGGUCGCUCAUACUCCGUGUGCUCUCCGAGAAUGCUCAAUCAGUGUCUGGAGUCCCUGGUGCAGAAAGUGCAAAGUGGGGUGGUCAUAAACUUCGAAAAAGCAGGACCAGACCCUUCCCCUGUAGAAGAUGGGCAGCCAGAUAUAUCAAGGCCUUUUGGAUCUCAGCCUUGGCAUAGCUGUCACAAACUCAUAUACGUCAGACCAAACCCGAAAACGGGGGUUCCUAUAGGUCAUUGGCCCGUUCCAGAGUCCUUUUGGCCAGAUCAGAAUUCUCCAACAUUACCACCUCGUACGUCUCAUCCUGUAGUGAAGUUUUCCUGCACAGACUGUGAACCAAUGGUUAUUGACAAAUUGCCUUUUGACAAAUACGAGUUGGAACCUUCACCACUGACUCAGUUUAUCCUGGAAAGGAAAUCUCCUCAAACAUGUUGGCAGGUAUAUGUGAGCAAUAGUGCGAAAUACAGUGAACUGGGUCACCCGUUUGGUUACUUGAAAGCCAGUACGGCGCUGAACUGUGUCAACCUCUUUGUGAUGCCUUACAAUUACCCCGUCCUCCUUCCCCUUUUAGAUGACUUGUUUAAAGUACAUAAAGCAAAACCAACACUGAAAUGGAGACAGUCGUUUGAAAGUUAUUUGAAGACAAUGCCUCCCUACUACCUUGGGCCUUUGAAGAAAGCUGUUCGAAUGAUGGGGGCACCCAACCUCAUAGCGGAUAGCAUGGAAUAUGGCCUCAGUUACAGUGUCAUUUCAUACCUCAAAAAACUGAGUCAGCAGGCCAAAAUAGAAUCUGAUCGAGUCAUUGGAUCUGUAGGCAAGAAAGUAGUACAGGAAACUGGAAUUAAAGUCCGGAGCCGAUCACACGGCUUAUCAAUGGCCUAUAGGAAAGAUUUUCAGCAGCUGCUGCAGGGAAUUUCAGAGGACGUCCCUCAUAGACUGCUGGACCUGAACAUGAAGGAGUACACUGGGUUCCAAGUGGCUUUGCUCAAUAAGGACUUAAAGCCACAGACAUUCAGAAAUGCGUAUGACAUACCGAGACGGAACCUUUUGGACCACUUAACAAGAAUGAGAUUCAAUCUCAUGAAGAGCACCCGCAGGUUCCUUAAAGGACAGGAUGAAGAUCAAGUGCACAGUGUUCCUAUAGCACAAAUGGGGAAUUACCAGGAAUACCUCAAGCAAGUACCUUCUCCACUAAGAGAACUUGAUCCUGAUCAGCCUCGAAGGUUGCACACGUUUGGCAACCCCUUUAAGCUGGAUAAAAAGGGUAUGAUGAUAGAUGAAGCAGAUGAAUUUGUGGCUGGACCUCAAAAUAAACAUAAACGACCCGGAGAACCAAAUAUGCAAGGGAUCCCUAAAAGGCGUCGCUGCAUGUCCCCACUGCUGAGAGGCAGACAGCAGAACCCGGUCGUGAACAAUCACAUCGGAGGGAAAGGACCACCUGUACCUACGACUCAAGCACAGCCAGACCUCAUUAAACCCCUUCCUCUUCAUAAAAUUCCAGAAGUUAGUAAUGACUCGACAGUAGAUGGUGUGGUUGAAAAUCAUGUUGCUGACCAACUCUCGUCAGAUGUUACACCAAAUGCUAUGGAUACUGAGUUCGCAGCAUCUUCCCCGGCCAGUUUACUGGAACGACCAACCAAUCACACAGAGGCUCUCGGUCACGAUCAUUUAGGAACUAAUGACCUCGCUGUCGGUGGAUUUUUAGAAAAUCAUGAGGAGCCAAGAAAUAAAGUACAGUGUCCCGAAGAGAAUAUUCCGACAUCCUCACUCAGCAGAGGAAAGAAACUGGUGCAUUGCAGAAGCCAUGAAGAAGUCAACACUGAACUCAAAGCACAAAUAAUGAAAGAGAUUAGAAAGCCAGGAAGAAAGUACGAAAGAAUCUUCACUUUGCUGAAGCAUGUGCAAGGCAGUUUACAGACGAGACUAAUAUUUUUACAAAAUGUCAUCAAAGAAGCAUCAAGGUUUAAAAAAAGAAUGCUAAUAGAACAGCUGGAGAACUUCCUGGAUGAAAUUCAUCGAAGAGCCAAUCAGAUCAACCAUAUUAAUAGCAAUUAAAAGAAAACAGAAUGUGGCCACUUAUUUCACUAUAUCUUCUCCAAAUACAAAGUAAUUACAAGACUGUUGUGAUUUUGCAUUCAUUUUUUGACAUGCAUUGUUGGCUAUUUGAGAUACUAAGAGCAAGUCUGCAGAUCCUUUUCUCAUCAUUUUACAGUGACCUUUCCUUCAUUUUUGUUUAUUUUUGUAAUGUGAAAAGUAUCACGCUAAAAAAAUUUUUAUUUAACAAACUAAAAAUAUUCCUCCAAAUCUCUUGCUUGUCAUUGACUCUUGCGUGUCAAUUUCCCUCAGGUUCUAUUUUCUUAAACCAACCUUUAAAAUUGUCACCUCUGUUAAGGUUGAACUUUGCCAAAAAAAAAUAAAAAAAGAAGUUACUUUGUAAUUUUUGGGGAAAAAAGCACAUACAUUAAAACUAGGUAAUGUUUUGUAUAUACAGUUAUUUUGGAUAUAUUAUUGUAAGUUGUACAAAUGUAUUUUGAAGAAUAUUUAAGAAAAGCACUUUUGUUAUUCCAUCAAUAAAUGCUCUAUUUUACUCUUGUGUGGUUUAGGAAAUAGUCACAUUUAAAACUAUCUGAAGCUAAUGGAAUUUUAAAAGCUUUGCUUUCUAGCAUUGGACAAAUGCACCACUUGAAGUUCCUGUGUGUUAACCCUGACUGUAAUUACAUGGUACCUGGCCUGCGUGUCUUUUUACUCUGUUCUUAGUUUUCUUGGUCACACGACCUCCUCCCAUUUCCGCCUGGCAACGGAAACAGCGUCUGUAGUGGAUAGGCGGAUAAUUCAGAAGCAGACACCUUUGGACAUUAUUUGGUUUCCUUACUUUUCUUCAACCCCUGUUCCUCUCUCACUAGGAUUGUGGGUGGCCCUUAGUGAGGGAGUUGUCAGUUUGGGGCACAUCGUCUGUCCUACUCUGAAACAUCUAGCCUUUAGCAGUUUGGUGUCCUGCUUCCAGAAGUCCCGUAACAAAUUGGGGGCUCCAGUGGGGUCUCUUGGUUCUUCUCUGCUGUUCUCAUCCUUAAGCUCUCCAUUUUAUUCAGAAGCUAAGUGGAAAGGAAACACAUUUAAGAUGACUUUGCUCAUUUGCAUUACCCCCCUCCCCCUUACCCAGGACAAGGGAAAACCGACACUGUUCCUGUCCACCCUCAGUAGAAUGGCUUUGUGUGCCCUUACUAAGGGCGCGACCCAGGGACCCGACUCACUCACCACUUGUGUUCUCACUGCUGUGCCUUGUAGUGCUUGGGGUAACCAGUAGAGAAAGGUUAAAAUGGAUUUAGAUUAUGUGGGUGAAAUAAAUUUAUAAAGUUAUACUAAAUUUGGAGUAUUUUUAGGUUCAUACCAUUUAAAAUGACAUACCCUUUAGCAGAACACUUUAAAUUUCAAUGAAAUUUAACUUUUUAUGAAGAAAAUCAUAGAUGAAAGUGGAGAGAGAACACAGUUGAGCUCUGUUCAUUUUAGUCUAGGGUGUUGGAAGCUCUCCCAGUACUAAAGACAGAGCCUGUCAAGAAAGAGAGGUAUAUGUAACGUCAUGUAGUGUUUUCAUAGGCAAUACUUUAAGCCUUUUUUAUCUCUACCGAACACCCGUAAGUGAAGCAGGAUAUCAUUUAAUAGAUGGAAUUGUUAGGGUAGUUACCAACAGCCACAUUGCUGAAUUCAGCAAGAGCUGCACAAAAUCCGGAAUAUUUUGUCUGGUCUUAAAUUAUAUACAUACUUAGAUUCUGAGAUUAAUGGAAGGGCUUACAGACAAGUCAUUCAAAGUUCAUGCUUAAGAAGAAUUAGGAAAGGGAUUCGGUCUGAUACUCGAGUGGCCUGCCUUACGAAAAUCUUACUUCCAUUUUGAAGGUUACUCUGGAGGUGGUAAUCCUGAAGGGCCUUGACCUUUAACCCAUUAUGGGGAUGAGCCCUAGAGGGGGUUGGAAGGAAGCAGUUUGUCAGUCUCUUCUUUUUGUCCUCAAUCUCUGCCACCAUGCUCUGCCCCCUCAUCCGGAAACCUAGUCACAAGGUUGGAAACCCAUUGAAACUCAAGCUUAAUAUUCCAUCUCUGUGUUGAGAAGCUGAGCAUAUUAGUUCGAUGAGUGCAGUACUGUAGCAUUCUUGUAAGCAAAGGAGAAGGGGAGGGCAUUUGAGGAAAAUAACCAGGUCUUUCAGGCCCUUUCGGUCACUGGGUGACUAGGCUGGACAGAUGGUAUUUUCCAACAGUUAAGUCUUGAGAUUAAGAUAGUUUUCUUGAAUGGCCUCAUGGGUCUCAUUUGUCAAUUGAUUUAGUCAUUAUUUGCCUUUAUUAGUAAGAUUGAUUGACUUGGUGUACUGAAGGCUGAGACUCACUCUUAUCUCUUCAAUACCCACCACCAGAAGAGUGCCCACUUCACUCUGUGCGAUGUGCCCUGGGAGGGCAAGCACCUCCCAGGGACGGAAACUAACUCACAGGGUCUCUGUGUAGAUGUGCGGCGGGUGGUGGCACUGGCUUUGGAUUAGCCUUGACUUUCAUUCUCUGUUGACUAAGGCAGCUCUGCAAACACCUGUCAUUGAAAUAGUGGUGUGUCUUUUACUGCUGCAAAGAUUGUACAGUCAUUUUUAUGCAGUUGGAUUCCAAAAAAGGAAUUGUUCUCUUAACUACCAUCGACCUUUAUCGGCUAUCAGCUUUUGACAAUGACCUUUCUGUUCAAAUGUAGUGCUGUCUCUUUCUGCAGGAAGUGGAAGCUGUCAUUUUCUCAUCUUUCAUUUUUGACAUGUAUUCUUUCUAAGGGCUCUCCGACUGUUCUGAGUGAUAUGUGACAUUUUCAUCUAAUAUAUAUGGGGUUGGGAUGUUUACUAGCAGGACAUUCUGUUAAUGGACCUUUUCUCCCCAAAUAAUCCCAAAAUAGAUUAUUUCCUAGUGAACGGUCAUUUUCAUCCUUUUUGUCACAAAAGUGUUCCUUUGAUUUCUAGCACAAGUUACAGCAGUAUGCAAAUGAUUCUCAGAUAAAAUGAUGUUGACAGUAUUUCCUUAAAAAUUUGUGUAAAGCCUAUACGUAAUUUUCAUUAUUCUAACUUGACUUUUUUCUCUCCAUAAAUAAAAAUAAUGCCUGAUGUUUAGUUAAAGUAGAUCCACUUUUGCUUGAUUUUAUUAGUCUUGUUCCAUCCUAUUUCUUUUUAAACACAUUGUUUAAACUUGCCAACAACUCUUUACUGAGAAUCUCUUUUCCUUCCUGGGCUGAUAAAUAAUUACCAGAUGGGGAGGGGGGCAUUAAGAGGAUUAAUUUAAAUAGUUUGUUCAAUGUUGUUGAUGCUAAAGGACUUCUGCUUCUCCUUCUGGUGUGCUAAGGAUUUGCCAAUACCAUACCAUUUGGGGGGAUUACGAUG